CCCUAAUUUCUAGGGGGUUUGUCCCAUCGCCGCCGCCCCUCCACCGAAUCCCUCUCGGGAUCCUCUCAUUCCCCUGCACCAACCAUCACCCACACCCAGAUCCAAUCGAACCAGCACACAGCCCCCCACUCCUCUCGUUCCCGAGAGCGAGGAGUUCCUCAGCCCCGAUCGAGCGCCUUAUCCGCGCCUCCUCGCACCUCCCUGCAACGCCGGCGGCAACAGCUACCGCUGAACCAGCAGCAAAUGCCGUCGCCCUUCCGGGAGCCGACAUCCAUGGAGCUUGCCGUUGCUUCGUCCGAGCCGCGUCCUCAAGCCGGAGCUCGCCAGCCGCAUCGAUCCGCCGUGAGCAGCAGCACCAGCAGAGGAGCUCUGCUCAUGUUCUCUCCUUCCUCCUGCCUCGUCUCUGGCCUCCCCGUCGCCCCGCUGUCCGACGACCGGCAACGUGCCGACAGCCACCAACAGGCCAGGCUGGACUCCCCAUCGCGUCCCUAUCUUCUUUCUUCCCUUCUUCUCGAACUCACCUCAUCUCUCCACUUCCCUCCUCUGCUUCUUACCGCAGGAGAUGGUCGCAGCCUCGAACGCCAUGGAUUGGCGCCAAGAGCUCCUAUGGAACACGAGAACCUCGCAUUGGGAGCCACCUCCUGCCGUCGUUCACCUCGUCCUGCGCCCGACCUCCCCUGACCUGAGGCCGUCGCCCUCGAUCGUGCCAAGGCCGCCCACUCGUUUUCCCCUGCUUCGAGGGACAGGAGGGAGCCGCACCCGCGUUGACUGCUCGUCGCGUGGAUCCACCGCAGCCGCUCGCCCCGUUGACCGUGUCUGCUCGACCGCGCCCCCUGGGCCGCCUCCACCGUCUAGCGCCAAGGCCCAUCGCGCCUACCUUGUUCACCGUCGAACUGGGCCAGGGCCCAAAGUGAGCAGCGCCCAACCCCCUCUCCUGUGCCUGUUGGGCCAGCCAAUUCGACCCGCGUAUAUUUUUUUCUAGCGUCUGUGAUUUGUCUAUUUA